GCCCCCCCGGCCCCGCCCUUCCUGGAGGAGCCGGCCAAUCACAGCGUGAUGCUGGGCGAGGGGGCGGAGCUUCGCUGCCAGGUCCAGGUGGGCGUGGCCGUGCAGUGGUCGAGGGGCGGGCUCAUGCUCGGGGCCACGCCCACCCGGGCCCACCCUCGCUACCGAUUGGUCGGAGACCCGGCCAAAGGUGAGCACCACCUGCGGAUCCGCCCGGUGACCUUGGAGGACGACGACGUCUUCACCUGCCAGGCGGGGGAGGGGAGCGAGAGCCGAGCGUCCCGGCCGGCCCAGCUGAGCGUACUGGUCCCUCCCAGUCGCCCCCAGCUGGAGCUGCUGGAGGGGGCGGAGCUCCCGCUGGUGGGCGGGGCCGAGGUUCAGGUUCGCUGCCACGCCCACGAUGCUCGCCCCGCCCCCAACCUGGAGCUGCGCCUGGGGGAGGAGCCCCUUCCCGACGUCUCCUCCCGCGUCUUCGAGGGCUCCCACCCCAAACUGAGCUCCAGCGAGGCCACGGCCAGGCUCACCCCCGGCCCCUCUCACCACGGGCUCCUCCUGCUCUGCUCGGCCUCCAACGCCGCCGGAGCGGCUCCGGCCCCGGCCGGGCUCAGGCUGCACAUCGCCGUCCCUCCCAGUGCUCCCAGUAUCGAGGGGCUGCCCCCACUGGUGCGGGCGGGGGAGGAGCUGCAGCUGCUCUGCCUCAGCAGGGGGGGGCGCCCUGCGCCCAGUCUGCACUGGGACAAGGACGGGCUCCCCUUGGCGGGGGCGUGGUCAGAGGAUGAAGGGGGCGUGGCCAGGACGCGGCUCGUGUUUCGCCCCGCCCCCGAGGACGAUGGCGCCACCUUGCGGUGCCGCUCCGUGACGUCACUGCCGGGGGGCGGGGCCAGCGCCAGCGUCAAACUGCGAGUGACGUACGGCCCCUCGGAGCUGACCCUGCUGGGCUCGGGGGCGGUGCCUGAGGGGGGUGACGGCCGCUCGGAGCUGACCCUGCUGGGCUCGGGGGCGGUGCCCGAGGGGGGUGACGGCCCCUCGGAGCUGACCCUGCUGGGCUCGGGGGCGGUGCCCGAGGGGGGGGAGGCGCUGCUGAGCUGCACCAGUGCUCCCAGUAACCCCCCAGUACGGCUGCGCUGGUGGCUGGGGGGGGCGGAGCUGAGCCCCAGCAGCCAGGGAGGGACCCCGGGGGGCGGGGCCUACUCCAACCUGACGCUGCGGGGGCGGGGCCGGGACCACGGCGCCCCCCUGGUGUGCGAGGCCGAGACCCCCGGGGUGGGGACCCGGAGUGUGACAGUGACACUCAGCGUCAGCCACCCUCCCCAGGCUCUCUGGGUCGAGGCCCCGCCCCCCAACGCCACCUUCCGGGUGGGGGAGGGGCUGCGGCUGCUGUGCCACGCCCGGGGGGGGCACCCCGCCCCCAAACUCACCUGGAGCAAGGACGGCCGCCCCCUGGCGGAGGCCCCGCCCCAGAGCCGCUCGGGUCACGUGACCUCGCGGGCGCUGCAGGUGACGGCCACGCCCAGCGACAACGGCGCCGCCUACCGCUGCGAGGCCCCGCCCACCCGGCAGGGGGCCCCGCCCACCCGCAGCGACCCCGUGCGGCUGCGCGUGCUCUUUCCAGCCCAGUCCGUCUCCAUCUCGGUGUCCCCGCGGGAGCCCCGCCCUGGCCACGCCCUCACGGUCACGUGCCGCGCUGGCCCCGCCCACCCGGCCCCGGAGCUCACCUGGAUCCGGCCCGGCCACGCCCCGUGA